AUGUCUAGCAAUAUUUCAUCUUCCAGAAAAGCUCAAGCCAGAGAGGAGCUUGAUCGGACAAUUCGCGCCAUCAGCUCAGAAUUCCAGCUUCAGCUCCAAAUUCCCGACCCGACGCUGUCGCCGAGUAAGCGCCAGCGCCAGCGCCGAGAUGAGGAACAGGAGAGAUGCAAUGCGAUAUACUAUCGCGCGCAAUUUCUCAAGUUCAAAGACCCGACUCGACUCUCAAUAUGUCUCACUCGGUUUCGCGAACAAGCAGACGAUUAUUUGACCAACUGGAUCCGAAAGCCCCAUGGUGAUCCUGACACGACCCCGAUCAAGAGUAUUUUUGGUGACCCACAUCACCAUCGCGCAAGAUUAACCUCAGAGGAGCGAGGCGAGCUUCAAGAGUAUUUACUGCGACUGUUGAACGACAACAAUAUCACCAGUCAACAGCGCUCAAGAACUGCAAAGAGAAGGUCUGAUGAGUUUGAGGAUUACAGUUCAAAGAGAAGUCGCGACUCUUUUGACUCCCCAUCCGUCGACAGCAUUGAUGACAUCCCAGUCCGCUCUAGUCGUGCGCUUGCGGGACGGGCCGCUUGUCGGUCAGGUACGGCUUCAUUCCCCAAUGGCGUCGCAAGUCCAGUCACAUCGUUUUCGAGCACCCAACCUCAGUCUUUAUCCCCUGGUCCAGCCUCUUUUAAUUCUAGUAAAGCUUCACUGGCCCCGACGGUUUUCUCUGCAUCCACAAAUGGCGCGCCUAGCACGCAAACAACAGUCUUGACGAAUUCUUCCUUCAAAGGCUCGCGAACUUCUUUCCAGUCCUCUCAACCCAAUUACAGAGACCACCAAAAACCGAAAGACUCCCAAAUUCCUUUCUCACAAAGGAUAAAAGAGUUCCAAUUCAAGCCCGAAAGUACGCUCAAUCGCAAUGUCGACCCACCAAAGCCAUCCUCGUUUAGGCGACAUGACUCCGAAGUGUUCCCAGAGCCUGUCGACAUGUCUGUCGACGAACCCCGACUCCCUCCUCUGGUGAUGCCUCAGCCUGUACGAAACCGGCAUCUUGGUAUGAAGCAAAAAGAGAUAACCCAGUCUAGUAGUCCUGGAACAGCCUACUCUAGCUUGCCCGAGAUGAACGAGUUGGAUACGUUGCUUCUUGAUGCAUCGGGUUUUGAUACGACACCCGGUUCAUGCGCUCUAACAAAGCGCCUGCGAAAUGUUUGGCCCAAGUUUCCCAUUCCUGGAUUGAAUCAGGCACCUUUGAUCAUAUUGUGGGAAUUGACCCGUGCCGCGCUUCACUGCUGCGUGGAUCUGUCUCAAUGGGACCUCGAGUACAAACCCGAUCAAACUUGGCACGACCAAACUCAUUUCAGGGCUUUGAUCUUUCGACAUCGUCUUUUCAUCGGAGCGGGAUUGCCAGCGCCUUGCGACCGUGCUGUAUGGAACGCAGCUUUUGAGUCAUUUGCCUCACACGACAAGCAUGUUGUUCUUGCUGCAGAGUUAAUCGUCAAUACCGAGGACUCUGGCCCUUUGUACAGGCUCAAGCUUCAGCCUCCUCGCCUAGAACUUGGUCAUCGACUAGCCCGUCGCUUUGGUGCGGACCGGUUCAUGGAGAUCAUCAUGCCAUCCCCAACUUCUAGGGAUGCUCCCGAUGCGAUCAGGAACGCCGAUCAAGGCGCGGAUAAGGUCAUUCGAUGGCUCAAUGAUAACCUACACUACUUUCUUGGGCGUUUUUGGUCUCCAUUCUACAACCGUGGCGCAAGCAAGUCUGUAAAAGACCCUCGUCAUCCUCACAAGUCCCUCAUGAUUAUGCAAGAGCGCGUCUACUUCUUUGCGACUGAUGGCAACAACUUUCGACUACCUGAAAGCCAGUUUCCACCACUGGAAGAAGCAACGUCCCUGGGACAUCGGACAAAGAUGAGGCGCUCUGAUCUUUUGAAGUGGGCAAUAAAUGUAGAGGCAAAUGCUCAACAGCCUGUACCAAAAUUGUUCUCGCGACUUGCUCUCAGUCUCAGCAAAACUUGUCCCACCAUCAUCCUUGAACCUCACCAGUUCCGACACCGCGACAUCAUGCUGGGUUUCCGCAGGUUCAUGAGCAAUCGAGACAAAGAAGAGCAGAAGGACAUGGGUGAUGGUAUCGCCAGGAUGUCGCGAAGUCUUGCGCGCAAAGUCGCAACCCAUCUUGGCCUAUUGGAGACUCCAUGCGCAUUUCAAGCUCGUAUUGGCAGUGCAAAGGGGAUGUGGAUAGUCGAUGUCGAAGAAGAUGGAUUGGAUGACGAUAUUUGGAUUGAGACGUAUCCAUCCCAGCGCAAAUGGGCGUGCGACUUUAAAGAUGUCCACCACAGAACGUUUGAAGUACGAGAAUGGUCCAGGGAGCUGAGGUCUGCAUCACUCAACACGCAGUUUAUUCCAGUUCUUGAGGCACAGGCUCCAAAUCCCGGUAAUAUGCGCAACAUCAUAGCUAAUCAUUUAGCCAACGGUCUUCAAGAUGAGAUUGGGGGUCAGCUUGCGGCCAUGACACAUCCUACCAGUCUUCGUGGCUGGAUGCAUCGCGGCUUCAAUCGAUCAAACCUUGGGCAUGUCCCCUUCGUAGGAGGGUUGCCAGAUCAUGAUGAAGACAUAGUGUCAUUCUUGCUUGAUGCCGGUUUCGAUGCCACCAAGUGCCGUUUUCUACGAGACCUUGUAUGGAGCAAUCAGAAGCGACAGGCAGAACAACUCAAAACCAAGAUGAACAUCAAAAUCCCACGGUCUACAUAUGCAUUCAUGGUGGCAGACUUCACUGGGACAUUGGAAGAAGGUGAGGUGCAGCUUGCCUUCUCUUCCAAGUUCCAAGCCGAUGGCGAGUCAGACACGCUACUAGAUGAUAUGGACAUCCUGGUUGCCCGAGCCCCAGCUCAUUUCGUGAGUGACGUACAAAAGGUGAGGGCAGUGUUCCGACCGAAUUUGAAGAGAUUGAAGGACGUCAUUGUGUUUUCGUCAAAGGGUAAAUCGCCUCUCGCCGACAUGCUUUCGGGCGGCGAUUACGAUGGUGAUCAGGCUUGGGUUUGCUGGGAUCCUGAUAUUGUUCGCAACUUUAGCAAUGCGCCAAAGCCUGUUGAGCCAGAUCUCGUAGGACAGGGAUACCUACGAAAGUACAACCCAAGCUUCCAGUCAAUUCUCGACACAAUUCCCGACAUGGAGACUGCCUGUACGGACUUUUUACGCUCGGCAAUCUCAUUUAAUAUGCAACCAACUUACCUGGGUAUUGUGACCAAGUUCAAGGAAAGGCUCUGUUACUUGGAAGGAGGAGUCAACAGUGAACGGGCAGUUGCUUUGAGCACGUUGGUCGCUCUGCUUGUUGAUCAGGCCAAGCAAGGCUUGCUGUUCACCCGCGAAGACUAUGACCGAUUGAAACGAGACAUGGACAUGCGCGGAAAAGAGCCAGAAUACGAAAAGGAAAGAAGUUCUGUACAGAAUUACAAGGACAAAAAUGGGUUCAUCCAUAUCCUCGACUUUCUCAAGUUUGUGGUCGCUCAGGACACUAUCGAUAAUGCGCUGAAGCAAUUCUACGAUGCCCUCCAAGCCCCCAGUGUUCAGGCAUGGGACAAGGAAUUGACUAAUCUUUACAACGAGUACAAUGAACAGAGGAAAGAUUCCAGGACAAUUGAUAGACUCAUGAUAGACAUGGUCGCGCAAGUUGAUGCCAUCACCAUGGAUUGGAAGGUUGCGAUGGCAGGAGGGAAAGCUGACAGCACGAGUAGCGAAUUCUCGUCAAAGGUCAAAGAGCUGCACCAAAAAUGGUCUUCAUACAAGCCAUCCGCUUAUUUGCUGAGUACAAGAGUUGUCGAGCCACUCCUCGACCCUUGGAAUGGUGAUCCAGCUUUGAGCAAAUGGGAGCUACUCAAAGCAUCCGUCCUGUUCAAACUAAAGUGGGAACAUGCAUAUCGCAUGGUCUGGCGCCUUGCAGGAAAGCAGUUGGCAUGGAUGAAAGCCAUGCUAUCGCGCAGUGCCUCCGACACCAGCGCUAUCGCCGUGACAGCCGAGAUGUGGAGUAUACUUCGUCCCGACAACAAGUGCAUCGCAGCACUUCAUGCUCAAAGACAGAUUGGACAUGAUAAUGAGAGUUUGGCCGCCUUGGAAGAGGUUACGGAAUAUGAUGAUGAGACGGGGACACAGAUUGACGAUGCUUAG